AGAGCCCUUUGGGUGACAGGAAGUGACCUUUUCAAAUAGUCGCCUGCAGUUUCCUUCAAAGACCCUGUUGCGGAUAAAAACGCAGAACAGGCGCUCCGUUUGUCGCACAAACUGCCGCAGACAUGGAGACGGAGAACAUUUUCCUCUUCGUUCCUAAUUUAAUCGGUUAUGCCCGGGUGGUGCUGGCCCUGAUCUCCUUCUUCCUGAUGCCCUGCUGCCCGUGGCCGGCCGUCUUCUGCUACCUGCUCAGCGCUCUGCUGGAUGCCUUUGACGGCCAUGCAGCGCGAGCGCUCAAUCAGUCCACUAAGUUCGGCGCCAUGUUGGACAUGCUGACUGACCGCUGCGCCACCAUGUGUCUGCUGGUCAACCUAUCCCUGCUCUACCCCUCCUACGCCUUCCUGUUCCAGCUCAGCAUGUGUCUGGACAUCGCCAGCCACUGGCUGCACCUGCACAGCUCGACUGUAAAGGGAUCAGCGAGCCAUAAAACCAUCGACCUCUCUGGGAACGCCAUCCUACGCCUCUACUACACCUCCAAGCCAGUCCUGUUUGUGAUGUGCGCCGGGAACGAGCUCUUCUUCUGCUUGCUCUACCUUCUCUAUCACAUCGAGGAGCCGGCAGGCUGGCUCUACUGGCUGCAGGGGCUCUGCGGGAUCAUCUGCCUGCUCAAGUCCGGCAUCAGCGUCCUGCACCUCAUCACCGCCUCCAAGAACAUGGCCGCCAUUGAUGCCGCCGAGCGGGAGAAGGCCUUGAAGAUGAAGUAAGAGGUCACGGGGAGGCGGCGAGAGCUGCAACAGCAUCAGCAGAUCCGUCGCGGUUUCACUUAUUGUUGUUUUCUUAAAGGGAAAGUUUGUCAGACCGACACGGAUUCUGACCAAAUAUGGAGAAAAAUAUUCCGAAUCCACGGCGCAGCCUUU